GAGCCUGUCUAGGAUGUGGGAGGUGACCUUGGACCGAGCAGGAGGAUGGCAAACUCAACGCAGGGAGACAGGGGCCUCCCCAGCGCGGAGCUCUGGGCCUCCCAUAACAGGAUGGUAAUGGAGCCACUCGACAGCAACGACGCAGAGGUGCAUAGCAUCAUCAAGAAGGAGAAGCAGCGGCAAAGGCUGGGGCUGGAGUUAAUUGCAUCAGAGAACUUCGCGAGCCGAGCGGUCCUGGAGGCCCUGGGAUCCUGCCUGAACAACAAAUACUCUGAGGGUUACCCAGGACAGAGGUACUAUGGCGGGACAGAGUUUGUAGAUGAGCUGGAAAGGCUGUGCCAGAAGCGAGCCCUGCAGGCGUACCAGCUCGACCCCCAGAAGUGGGGUGUCAACGUCCAGCCCUACUCAGGGUCACCCGCAAACUUUGCGGUGUACACGGCCCUGGUGGAGCCCCACGGCAGGAUCAUGGGGCUGGACCUGCCUGACGGAGGCCACCUCACCCACGGGUUCAUGACGGACAAGAAGAAGAUCUCUGCCACCUCUGUCUUCUUCGAGUCCAUGCCCUACAAGGUCAACCCCAAGACCGGUUACAUUGACUACGACCGGCUGGAGGAGAACGCCCGCCUCUUCCACCCCAAGCUGAUCAUAGCAGGUGUCAGCUGCUACUCGCGCAACCUGGACUAUGCCCGCAUGCGAAAGAUCGCCGAUGCCAACGGUGCCUAUCUCAUGGCCGACAUGGCCCACAUCAGCGGGCUGGUGGCUGCUGGCGUGGUGCCCUCCCCCUUUGACCACUGCGAUGUCGUCUCCACCACCACCCACAAGACCUUGCGGGGCUGCAGGGCCGGCAUGAUCUUCUACCGCAAAGGCACCCGCAGCGUGGACCCCAAGACGGGCAAGGAAACACUCUACAACCUGGAGAGCCUCAUCAACCAGGCGGUCUUCCCUGGGCUGCAGGGAGGCCCGCACAACCACGCCAUUGCCGGGAUCGCCGUGGCGCUGCGGCAGGCCAUGACACCCGAGUUCAAGGCCUACCAGCAGCAGGUGGUCGCGAACUGCAAGGCGCUCUCGGCAGCGCUGAUGGAGCUGGGCUACGACAUCGUCACGGGGGGCUCCGACAACCACCUGAUUCUCCUGGACCUGCGCAGCAAAGGCACGGACGGCGGCCGGGCCGAGCGGGUGCUGGAGAUCUGCUCCAUUGCCUGCAACAAGAACACGUGCCCCGGUGACGUCAGUGCCCUGCGCCCCAGCGGCCUGCGGUUCGGGACGCCGGCUCUCACCUCCCGCGGCUUCCGGCAGGACGAUUUCCGCAUGGUGGCUCAGUACAUCCACAGAGGGAUCGAGCUGACACUGCGUGUGCAGAAAGACAUGAGCCCUAAGGCCACGCUGAAGGAAUUCAAGGAGAAACUAGAGGAGGAGAAAUACCGGAGGGAGCUGAAAGCACUGAAGGAAGAGGUGGAGGCCUUCGCAGCGGCCUUCCCACUCCCAGGGCUGCCCGUCCUGUAAGGGGAAGCACCCGUGCCCGUUCCCAGAGCUGCGGAGGUACCUGGGAUCACGGCACGCUCGCACCCCCAGUCCAAGACCAACGCCCCAGUACCUUCUCCCAGCACCUCCCUGCUGGCACUGGCUGCAGUGCAGCAUCAGUUUCUCGUUCGGCUUUUGCUCACCUCUCCCCUCCCGUUUGGGGCGCAGGACCCCCCUGAGCACAGCCCCCCCCCGUAGGGAAACCAGCCCUUUCACCGAGCACCAGGUAACAACCCUCAGCCUCGUUCGAUCCCGCUCUCGCUGGCUGUGGGAGCAGCAGACGAGGUUUAGGCAGGCCUGCCCGCAUUCACCCAGAUAUCCCUCCCCACAGCAUCGGGAGGGACGUGGAGGGGGGUCCACCUCGGCACAAGCCACCCCCCGCCACGGCCAGGCACGCUGUGCUCGGCUGCACAAGAGGCUUCACAGCUGCCAAAAGGCUCCCUGGUUUCAGCCUCGAGGAUUUCCCUUCGCGUGCACAAGCCCGCUCGCUUUGUGUGCCUUCUAGCCUCCGCAGGCUUUGACAAGGCCAAGCCUUGUCCUCAACAGCCCUCCCGGGAUCACCGUCCCAUCCUAGCCAGCGUCUCUGGUAUUUUCUCAGACCUCUGAGCACAAAGCUUAGGUAGAACCAUUUUUUAAUAAGCACGGUAAAAUUAAGAAUUUAACCACAAUGUAUGACAAGAAUUAUAAGCUUUAAAAAAUACAACCAAUUUUUUUUUUUUUGUAUUUCAAAAAUAUCUGAACCCAAAUAAAUAAUUUUUUUUUUUAAAA